CUGACAAUCCCGCUCGUUUUCCUUUUAAUCAAGUGUAAGUUUUCCUCAUUCAAGUAUAAAAUAUAAAAACUUCUUUGUGCUGUUUAAUUCAAUUGAAUUUGAUUGUUCUUGUUUCUUGUUUUAUUACUCUGCAAGUUGAAAAGGUGCAUUCUCACUGUCACUGUCACAUUCACAAAGAAACUCGACUUGGCAGGACCCAAAUAUCGAAUCAAUCAGCGAGCGGGCAAGCAAGCAAGCAAGCAAGCAAGCAAGCAAGCAAGCCAAAGAAAGAACUAUCAAUCUCGCAUUAUCUGAAGGAGGAAAGAAGUGGAAGCGGACAUUCGAAUUGGAAUCACAUCAAUCACAAGCCUUCAUUCAUAUAACGUAGAAAAAGAGCCUCGAAAGUUAUAUCCCUUCAUGAGACUUACACUUUCUACCUCCACUCCAAUAUUACAACUUGAUACAUUCCACAGUCUCGAUUUCAACACAUGCCAACGUCGGUCCCUUCCAACUACGUAACCAACCUCUCGUUUAUCUCCAGCUACUACAUCAAUCUCUAAGUUUCAGUCGACGUCUUCAAUUAUGAAUCCAACAAUGUCACCACCACUUUCAAUGUCCUCGCGAAAAAGAUCCUCCUCAGUAUCCUCAAUUGAAUCUUUUGAUUCGGAUUUCUUCGAUCAAACUUAUGUACCACUCUCGAAUUUACCAACUCCACCUUUAUCUUCACAUUCAUACGAUAAUACAGCCGCACAUUCACCCAUAUCUCUUUUCAGCUCAGAUGAAAUCCUUGACUCGGAAUUUUUAGGUGUGUAACCUUCCUGAUUCAUUCAGUCCAUUCAGCCCAUUCCUGCACUCAUCAGCUUUUUCUGCAGAACAUUCAGGCUAAUUUGUUUCGUGAAACUCUAGGUCCAGCAAUUCAUCUCACAAAUCUAAUACCUUCCUCGACUUCUCUAACUUCUCCCUCGACCCCUCUCGUCCACGCCCUGCUAAGUAGAGCCGACCUUCCGAUUGAAAUUCUAGCCCUGGCAGUUUGCAUUCUCGAUUCCCUCAAUUCUCGUUUUGCUCGGUCGUGGCGUCAAUCAUACCCUCUCGAAUCAUUCGAAGAUCAAUUACUCGAACAAUAUAAUUUUCCUAGUUUACAAGCUAGGGAGGAACAACAUAUUGAUAGUACACAUCCUGAGGUAAUAAUCCUUGCAGCCUUGAUACUAGCUACGAAAUUCUUAGAUGAUCAACAAGGAACUACACUCUAUUAUGCGCAAAAAUGGGCAAAAGGUUUAUGGAGCUGUGAUCAAAUCAAUUUUACUCAGAGGUGUAUAAUGGAAAAUUUGGGAUAUAGAUUAUUACCACUUUGGUCGGAAGAUAUUAUUGAAGAAGCGAAGAAUGAUAUGGCGAGGGCAGCGAAAAGACAAUCAUCCGCGUCGUAUUGUAUGCAAGAUUGGUCGGUUUCGAUGAAAAAUUGUGGUAUGAGUGGGAUUGAUAAUCGUCCAAUGAGUUCGGGAAAAGCAUGCAUGGGUAUUGAGGGGGAAAAUACGCCACAGCCUACACCAAUUGAAGAAUCGAUGAUUGAGAAUUGGACGAUGGUGAAUGAGAAGCCAUUGGGCGGUACUUCGAUGUUGAGUAGGGAGACUAAGAGGGCUUUUUCUGGAAUCCUGAGAGGAGAUUUUGAAGACGUAGAGGUGGAAAGGUUUCCAUUAUAUGUGGAUUCUAUGAUCGGUCAUGGAAGUAUGGCCUUUCUUUGAGCGAGUUGGAGUAGUGUCUUUAUGUUAUCAUCACGACGUUAUGACUUUAAUUGGAAGCCCUAACUCAAGCCAAGGAUCGCCUAAAGCAUUUCUACGAGCAUUCCAUCACAAGACACACGGCACGUUUUUUUUAUGGAGUUAUGCUUAUGGGAACUAACUUGGCAUCGGUUGGUUGGAUUGAAAAGGCAUGGCAUGACAUGGCAUGGAAAAGGCGCUUUAUACCUAGGAAGAUGAAGACGAAGAUUAAGGUCUUGGUUUCCUUGCUUUGCUUACUUGGUUUGUUUUGCUUGUUUGACUGGUUUGAACAAUGCAAAUAAGAUGAGGUUGUCUGAGUUAAAUACUUAAAUACCUGAUUACUUGAUAAUAUUA